AUGGACGAUUCGCGGGAUAUUAAGUUGCAGACAGCGCUUCAAAAAGCUUGUGAUACCGGCAAUACCUAUAUGGCCAAAGUGCUCCUUCAGCAAGGAGCAAGCGCCAACAUCAGAGACUCCAGUGGAAGAGCACCGCUGCACGUAGCCAGCUUUCGGGGAAUUAAAAACCUUGUGGAAGUGCUCCUUCAAAGUGGAGCAAAUGUUGAUCUAAGGGACAAUGAUGGACAGACGCCACUGCACAUUACUAGCAACCUUGGGGAUAAUAUAGAAGUAGCUGAACUACUUCUUCAAAAUGGGGCCGAUGUCGACAUGAGGGAUAAUGAUGGCAAGACAGCAUUGCACAAAGCUAGCGUCAAAGGAAUGGAAGGAAUGGCAAAUCUACUCCUUCGACAUCAAGCACAUGUCAACUUCAGAGACAAUUUCGGGUGCGCACCAUUGCAUUUAGCCGUUAAUGAAAUGAAGGCUGAAGUAUUGAAAGUGCUCCUUGAACAUGGAGCGAAUGUCAACAUGAAGGAUCCUAACGGGAAAGCUGCACUGCACUUGCUCGGCCCCGCGGCGCGGACUGAUGUCUUGGAGCUACUUCUUCAACAUGGGGCAGAUAUCAAUUUGAAGGAUGCUGAUGGAAAUACGGCGUUGCACUUGGCCUGCGUCUAUGGAUGGAAGGAUGUGGCAGAGCUGCUGCUCCAACAUGAGGCUGAUAUACAUAUAAGAGACUCCAACGGAAUGACAGCAGUGCAAUUGGCCAAUCUUAGCGGAUCAAAGGAAAUAGCGGACCUGUUUCUUCGACCCGGAGCGACGGCUGAGCCUAUUAAGGAUGAAAGCCAGUCACAAUACGCUAAAUCUAAAGUAGGGAUAGACGCAGAGGAGUUGGCUACUGGACACCCGCCAGAAGGAGACAGCCAGGUUGACGGGCCAGAAAUCUGCGACAAAGGGUCGAUGCCUGCAAAUCUCAAAUAUAAUGCUCGGGAUGGGGUCCGUUGUGACAACGGCGACGGCUUCAUCUUGGCCACGUACGACAAUCAUGACAUAUUCUUCGAUGCCAAAUUGGAGUCAAUACGUUCGUCUAGACAUGACGACGAGGACGUGCAUUCGAUUCAGUUGAAGCUCAACUUCAUGAAGUCCAUCUCCACGAACCAUCGCAUACGUUAUGCAAAGGUAGACGUAAGGCUGCGUGAGGGCCCGUCCGGAGAUUCACCCCAUAUUCGCACUAUUAUGCCACAGGCCGAUCGAGUUGAGGUUUCCGAACAGGAGAUCACAUCGGGCCAAAAGUUCACAGUCGGCGCUUCAGGAAAUGGUGGACCUUCCUCCAGUGUCAAUAUCAGCAUGGAAGGCUCCAAGGGAAAAAGGUCAACUUUUAAAGGUGUCCGGAUCAUCCAUGGUGCUGUCAAGGACAGGAUGCACGCUUCCUGGCGCCUUUAUGAAGAGCCAGGGAGCAAAAGUGGUCUACCAGAAAUCGUUCGACUUCUAAUGGUUGUCCAGUGCCAAGGGGAGUUUGACAUACGGUUAUCACUGUCCAUUAAGGCCUGCCAUUUCUUUACGUUUGGCAUUCCGCGCAUGUUGACGGCUGGACAAGGACCGGCCUAUCUGGUGCCGAAUUUGAGUGUUAUUUCUGCUUUUGAGCAGUCGUCAAAAUUACAGCAGAUGCUGGAUGCUGCAAAUCGCGCAGCUGCGGUGGUAGAAGAAGCAAAGAAGCUAGAAACGGCGUUUGCUCAGGCAAUUAAGGAUCACAAAAAGCGAGCUCUGAUUAUGGAGGCAGGAGUAAAGGAAAGUUAUCUGCAGGAAUGGACGGACAUUGUUGAUGCGUCCAAAUCCAGUGAUUUCAGAAUUCUGCGAGAGAAGCUGCUACGAAUGGGAGACGUAGAGCGCGGCCAGCAGAUGCACCCCGCACAGGAGCCUGGACCGGAUGAAAAGUUCACACAGAUAGAGCAGCCUAGGCGUGGGAAGUCUCCACAACCAAAGCCGGAGCCGCCGGUGAACGUGCAGACGCAGACGCGGCGGAUGCAGGACAGGUUUACGGAGAAGGACUUGGGAAGGACGAUCCUCGCAUCUAUGCCCGCCUCAAAGAAUGUGGUGGCGUCGUUCUCUGCUGUGGGCCCAGGUUAUACAACAUCACGAUUGGCUUAA